UCUAAGCUGGAGGCAUUGUGUGGAAACGAGAUUACGAGAAUUCGCUCGAGAGCGGGCAGUAAAAUUCACAAGUGCGAUUUUUUAGUUGGACACAAUUCUGUUUAGCUGCUCUGAUGUCGUCUUGUCUAUGUGGACUUAUGCUUGAUGUCAGACGAUGCGACGUAACCAUGCGCUGCUAGGUUACCAUCGUGAUGAUAUGUGGAGUGGAAAGUGACAAUAGCUCAACACCACUAAUAAAUCAGAGACGAGAUCGGGAAAGGAACAUUUCAUCUCAGAAAACUAUAUGCAGCAAAUUCACCAGGCGCUGGCGAUGCUCUUGAGACAUAGACGCUGUAUAAACGAGAGGCUAACGGCAAAAUAUUCCUAUUGCAUCUGACAGAGUUUUGUAUACCGACCCACGCAACGGCAUUGCAGAAACUUAUAUUAAGUAUUGACAUUUUAACAAUCGGUUCGGGACUACGCCUCUUCAGACGCUGAUCAUAAGGUUACAAACAGUGACAAAAGGCGCCGCACAAACAUGCAAUUUUCGUCGCUGUGACCAGCGACAGAGCCACGACAACAUGACGAGUGAAUGCAAUUUUACAAAUUAGGAUGCGAAAGCUUUCCAACCACGAACGGCAGGCAUGUUGGCAUAGGUCAACAGUCGCUGGUGCCACAUUAUAGUCGCUAUACUAUAGUCGGGAGUACGAUUUAACAAUGUGUUACAUGGUUUCAUGCCUCGUGCACGGAAAUUCGCGACUAAAUACCGUUACAGAUGUUUGGUUAUUUACAGUGUUUUGAUUAGCAGAUUAACUUCGCUAAAGCAUCAGCAUGAGAGCCUAUUCAACGACUGCAUGUAUAUUAAUAGUGGUUAGUUCACGACGCUUUGCAACACUAUCCAUGACAGCCACCAUAUUCAAACUUGGAACACUGCAUAUUUCGAUCACUGGACCAGAGUUUGUUGAAAUACUAGUCCCGUCGCUACUACAGUGCUGCUUCAAAUGCAGCGCAGAGAGGUGCUUAACACUAAAUUACCUUUAUCUGGAAAACAUAUGUCAGAUUAGUUCAAUGAAUGUCCGGGCCUUGGAGGUUGUUCCUGAUGCAAGUGGUCGGUCGUACUUGCAGUGUCCGGAUUCUGUGAAACAGCAGUCGUUUUCUUACCAUCUUCACCAUGUGAUAGCUCUGAAUUUCUCAGUCCCUGUUUAUGAGAUUUUUUAUCACAAAGAAAACGAUGUUGUCAUAGUGACUUCACUCUUAGAGGCAAGAACAAUUGUCAAUGUAUUCAAAAUCGACCCAAUGAAAGGUGAAUUGAGACAAGUUGGUUCACAGAAAAGUUUCAAUCCACAGGCUAGGGUUAUUGGCGAAUAUGAACAGUUUCUAAUCGUGACGCCAGUGGCGGGAUCCGGAUUAUUCGUAUUCCUCGGAUUGGAUUGUCGAUACAAGGGGAGAAUCUCGUUUAAGAAUAUUGAGCAGUCUUUCGUCGACCAAUGUAGAAGGGUUCAGAUUGUUUUCGAUAAUACACAGUCGCGGAGAAUUCAGAUGUUGUUGGUGGCUUAUCAUGAUGGUGAGUAUAUGAAGCUGAACUGUUUGUCCUUUGAAAUGCGGUCGAAAUCAGGAUUUACAUUGGUCUCGCAGUGCCAGUAUGGUGGUCCAUCUGUCAAAUUUCUUACAAGCUCUUAUGCGGGGUCUUUUGCAUUGCUGAAAAAAAGCUUAUCACGGUCAUCAAUUUUUAAUGUAUUUGACGCAAAAACAAGAGACGUUUUGAAGGUGAAAUUAUCGAUAGCCAACGUGACGGAUGUAAAAUUUCUGUGCAUAAAUGAGGUUUACCAGAUAUUUCUGAUUGGAAUAGCAAGGAACAGAAUUAUACUGUUGAAAUGGCAAGAACUGAAGCAGAAAAGUUUCUAUAGGAUAAAACAGGAAGACAUUAUUAAAUUCGGUGGGAAUGGUCAGUAUAUCAUCUUGAACAGUGGGGAGUUAGUCCUGUUUGAGACUAGUGUCGCUCAACCUAGCGGUCAGAGGAAUCUGACUCAGUUGAGGAUUUAUUUAUCUGGGACUGGAUGCUGGUAAAGUUAAUUUCCAAGGUAAACCAAUGGUCUCCUGAAAUCGAGAUUUACGCAACGCGUUUCCAAUGCACUGGUCCACAAAAAGACGAAUGUUCAUUUUGCAACACAAUCGGAGAUGUAUGAGACUAUUCCUUCGGAUUUUGACUAUUUCUAUUCCAUUUCCUGGGAUAUUAUUGGUGAAGGAAAAUACAUGUAGUACUACAUGUAUAUUAUGCACGACGUCAGUUAAGUAAUGGUAAUGUUUCAAAAGCCCGAAGCCGCCUCAAAUAUCCACCAUAAUCUGAAUUUGCAAUGAUGAAAGUAAUGUAUUGUGAUGUGCUGUAUUCAUGUAGUUCGCAUAGAAAACUCCUUUUUGUCACAAAACACCGCACACUAACUCACCAAAUCAUCGGCUCACUGUUCCGUUGGUGGCAUUUUGAUAAUAAAAUAACCAACACACCGACCCCUCUCCCGGCUCAUUG